GCCCCAAUGUUAUCAUGCACUCUGCAUGAGAUUCUUAGUUAUGUAUUUUUAUUUAAAUGUUAAUUGUUGUUAGUCAGUGAUGUAUACUUAGUUAUAUAACUGAGAUGCUCUACGUGGAUGUCAUUAAUGUUCAUGAAACAGUUUUUUGAAGGAAAGUCUUACUUUGCUUUAUUUUUGUUUGUUAUCCGAAUGCGCUUAUGCAACGAAACUCACAUGGAUCAAAAGAAAUUGAUACUGAAUUAAGACUGGCUUGCUAUCUACUAAUGAUUGCAAUGAAGACUGUCUAGAAUAUGCUGUAGAAGAAAAAACAUUGGUACAUUAUUAUCCUUUGUAAAGGAUACAUUAUUUUCUUUGAGCACAACUUUCAGUCUCUAAUGGUGAUGGAAGCAAGAAUAAAAUCCGCUUUGAGCAUAGUUCUGGAUGUUUGGGAAGGCAAAAAUGGAACAUAUUUUUAUGAUGCAUUCAAGGACAAAUUGAAAACACUACGCGAAAAUUCGUCAGAAAAUCUUCGCCACAGUUUUUUUUUCUUUCAUGACGGAGUUGUAAAGCUAAAAGAUUUGGAAGGGUGUGCUACAAAGCAACCAUCGUCGUCAACACCGCAAACAACAACAUCGUUAUCUCAAUCUAAACCGUUGUUUGAGCUAGCUGGAGAGAAGGCGAAAAAAGCAUUUGAGGAUGCGUCUUUAAGCAUCGAAGAUAAAAUAACAGCAAGCAAGAUUCACAUAGCAAGCACUAUUCUUCAACACUUGGAUAACUGUGCGUCAGCGACAAGAGAUUUGUUGCCAUUCCUGAAAGAAUUAAACUCAUCGGUUGUCGCGAAAGUAAUGGCCGAAUCUCAAAAUAACUUAGGAGACGAAAUCCUUGACAGUGUAAUACGUAUUAACGUCAAUUUGGCCGAUUUCAUAUUUAAGCACACUAACAAGAGAAUGUAUGUUAUGGAAUGGCCCUUGAUUCAAUAUGGCAAGCAGUUGAUUCAUCCUUUCUAUUUCAAAAACAUCAAGGAAAUUACUGUCACGUCACUACCUUGGUACACAACUGACCUUCGUAAGAAUAUUGAUUUCUUUAACAAGAAAAUGAUUGUAAACAGAGAAGGGAAAUUACUUGUUUUCGAUGGAAAUGAAUUGCAAAAGCUUGACAGCAAGAGUGAAAAGUUUGAAACAUGGUGUAAAGAACGUCUUAAUGUUGAAAAUAGACAAGUAAAAUGCAUGAACGUUGAUAAAAAUGGCAUGGUAUAUCUACUUUUGUAUCGUAAAGACCAUCCAAAUGGCAAUUAUGUGUUGAAACUUUGUUUGGAAGACAGAAUUGUUCAAAAUUGUUCUUUGCAUUUUCUUAAGGAUAAAAAAUUUAGUAAGAUUUUUCUAGCUGCCACGCCCAAUGACCAAGUGAUCCUUGCUACAGUUAAAAGCUCAAAACGCAAACGCAAUGAAAUCAAUAUAUAUGUGUGUGACAGUAAAGGUGAACUUAUCAAGUCUUUUGUACCAAAAGUUAAAGAUAAACCGGUUGUUGAUGAAGUGAAAAGUUUGUCCAUUUCAUCCUUUGAAAAUAUAGCAAUUUUGACAAAUGCAUAUGGCCGAAAAUAUCAACUCGCCAUUUUUAAGUUGGAUAAAACUCUGAUUAAAAAAAUGAAAUUUCAUCCACAGGUUAAAGGAAUCAAUGCAUACACUCGAGUCAUUUACACUCCCUUUGACAACACUAUCAAAGGUUUUUAUUUUAAAGAGGACAAAUCACAGCUUGUUAUUGAAACUUUUUCCAUUGAAACCAAACAAAUUAAAACAAAAUGGUCUGUAAUGCUGAUGAAUACAGGAUAUUGUACAGAAUUAUUUGAUGGUUUGUUUCGUCUUGUUCAUCAUGCAAAUGGAAAGGUGGCUUUGCUUUCAAGUGAAAGGAUAAUUUACAUAAUCAAAGAGAGCAGUGAGCGUGAUCCCAUGGAAGUGAACUUGGAAUGGAAAGAAACCAAUUAUUCGCAUACAGACACUUCAAUCACAGCAGUUAUGAAAUCAGAGCCAUCUGAGGUAACAGAGAUAAGACAAGAAGAACCUCGAAAUAAUGAACAGGAAAACGUACAGGAAGAACGACGCGAAGACCGACAGCAAGAGCUCUUAGAGGAGCAACAAGAAGAUGAACCACCUGAAUAUACUUUAUCCGGAAGUCACGAUGCUACAGUAGUGAUUAAUGUUCCCGAAGAUAGUGAUCUCUGGGAAAUUGCUGAAAUGAUAUAUCCUCAAUGGCUGGAGCUUGCUAAAAUGCUGGGCAUACCUGAAAAAAAUUUGCACAAGAUAUGCUCUGUAAAUAAUAAAUUGCCAUUGGAAAUGCUUUUGAAGUGCAAAAAAACAAAAGGAAAAAAUGCCACCGCGAAUAUGUUAGUUGAAAAUUUAAAUGCCUUUGGCCGUCGACAAGACAAAUGCGAAAAAACUGAUCAGGGAUGCUCACGCCAGCUGGAAGAUGAAAAUAAAAACACAAAUAUGGACAGCCAAACACAUACAACAGAACCUGAAAAUGUGACGACUAAUAAUGAAGUUUUUAAAGAAAAGUUCCUUAACGACGAUUACAACAUUCGAGAUGAAAUUGUCAAUACCCUCCAACGUCUCGUGCGGAUUAACGGACCUGCUGGAAUAGCUGUUCCAAACCAAGAGAUACCUUAUGAACAUUUAUUUAUUACAGUUGAUAAAAAGGAAAAAAAGUUGGAAGACAAUAUAAAAAAAAAGAUCGAUUCUAAAUUUGGAUGGGAAGCUUCAAGAUUCAUCGAAUUACGAAGUUCAGCAUCGAAACCAUUAAAGUUAACAUAUUAUGGUCAUCUUCGUUUAUUAAAUACGUUUCGAGUUAUUAGCUGUGAGUUGACAAUGUUCUGUCGUAAAAAUGAAAACUAUUUCGCUUUGACCUGUACACAUAUUGGUUGUGUCGGUCACCAAGUGGAAGAUGUGGAAAGGGAUGUUUCGACAAUAAUUAAUACUGUUGAUGCCAGAAAUAACAAUGAUAGUAGCAAAUAUUUCUACCAAUCGCCCAACUGUGAAGAGGAGAAACAACUGGGUACCUUUCCCUGCAAUACGGUUAGUGUGUUUAAUGAUGAGACCGAUUCCACGUUUAUUCAAGUUGGAAAGAAAGAAGAUUUUGAGCGUCUCGGUGGAGAUGAUAUGGAGAAUCUUGCGUUAAGAUUAAAAGAAAUGAACAAAGAGCUUUAUGAAAGAUUACGAAAUGGCCAGGGUUUUGUCGAAGUUCGUACAAGUAAUCACACCAAGGGCUUCAUAAGUGAACGGAGUUAUUUAUAUUUUGGUAAAACUUCUAAGGAACCGAUUUUCAAAAAUGCUGUUAAAGUGAAAAGUGAUGGCUCUUUUCUCAAGGAUGGUGACUCGGGAAGUCUUGUUUAUUUAAAAGAUCGAGAAAAUGUUUGGCAGCCAUUUGCUUAUGCCGUGGGCGAAAUAAAUGAUGACGAAGACGAUUACGAUAAUGAUGACGAUGAAAGUGAUGAUUAUGAUUAUGAUGAUGAUGAUGAUAUCAUAGGCUGCAAGAGAACCUAUAUAUGCUUAAAAUUGGAUAAAGCAUUGGAGAUAUUAGAUCUAAGAGAUGGGAAGUUCUUUAUACAACCCAAAAAUAGCAACUGUGGCUUUCCAUCUGACAAAAAUAGUUUACCUGGUGAAUUAACAGAUGAAGAAAAUUGUUAUGAACAUCAUGCCACUCGACAAUUACCAACUGAGUCUGAACUGAAAUCAUUUCGUUCAAAUGUUCAGGCAUUUCAAAUGCUGUUGCAUUGGAAAAAGGAAAAAGGAAAAGAUGCUACUAUAAAAAAAUUGGCAGGCGCCUUAAUCAGUAUAGGUCGUUUGGAUCUUUUAGAGAAAGUUUUACAAGGCUCAAAUCCAACACGGAUAUUUAAAGGGUCGGAAUAUUUAAGCAAAAUACGUUCGAACGAAGAUGAUCACGUUAGAUGUCCAAAAUAUCGUACGGUUGACUCUGGUGGAUACGAAAUACCGAAGGAACAAAGGAGAUUACAAUGUACAGAAGAUUCAUACUCCUUACAAGAUUUUGUUAAAGUUUUUUCACUUCCACAAGUCGUGAAAGUUAUCCGUGGUUAUGAUGGUGGUGAACACAGCGCUAGCAUCCGUUAUGGAGAUGUUCUUACGCUCCACGCUAUCAGAGAGUCAAGGAUACUCCAAGAUGAAGAUAACGAAAUAGAAAGCUCAAUGAAACCAAGUCCUUAUCUCACCGUUAUUGCCACUACAGUAAACAGUGACGUGCUGUUAAAAUUUUGUCUUGCAAUACCAAAGGACAUAGACAUCGAGAUUGUUGUUGCUGAUGGCUUUGAUAAUGGUGCAAAGCAUUACAAAAACAUUGUAAAUAAACUAAAUGAUCGUUUUGAUGUUGUGAAAUUUAUGAACACCUACGAACCAUUGCUUAUCAGACACCAGGAUCGCAUUCAGAAAUUCGAUUACGAUGCAAUCAAGGAAUGCAUCAUGGAUAAAUCGAUAUUAUUAGCAGAACGUGACGAUGAAGAGGAGGAGCUAGAUGUGGUUGAUGUGCCUACUUUACCUCCACAACGAAUGGGAAAUCCGCUUGAAACGAGAAAAGUUAAUCAUACACAAAAUGAAAUUUUCAAGAAACACCCUGGCUCACUUUUAAGUAGUGGAGAAUCUCUGAUUAAUCGUGGAUCAACGAGCCGAGGGAACUUAAAAAUUCAGAAAGAAUCUAACCAAACCACGGAGAAAAAUGAUUUGAAUGAAUUUGACAAAGAAAAGAAAAACGAGGAAAACGUCGCAGAUAAUAUCGUCAAAGUGGGAAACGUAAACACCUCAAAAGAUAGCAUUGAUCAUGUAACGGGUCACGAAAAUCUGAAGAACGUUCUUUUGGAAAAAGAAAAGGACAUUGAUGUUGAGAGAGACUCGAAGCAAACUACGGAGGAAAACAGUUUGGCUGAUAUUGGCAUAAAAGAGAAAAAGGAGAAAAACAAGAACGUUGAAGACGUCAAAGAUAACAUCGUCCAGAAGGAAAAGGAAAACACCUCAAAUAAUAGCGUCCAUUGUGUGAAAGGUGGUGAUGUGGAAAGGAAAGUCGUGGAAGGCUUAGUUGAACUUGUGUGGUAUCUUCCUGGUGGAAACAAGAAGAACUCUUUGCAAAAUGAAAUUUGUUUUACCAAUUUACGCGGUGAUGCUCCGAGUUUCAAGAAGCAAGUUAAUGUACUUCGAGAGAUAUCAAACAUUUUGUGUAUUUUAUUGCCUUCAAAAAUGCCUGACGAACAAAUGAAAAAUUUUUUGGAUGAAGCUAUAAUGUCUGAAGGUAAAACACUGCUGAUUUUUAACGAAAAAAGGGAAAAAGAAGUAAAAACGUACUACAAAGAUUUAGAGAAGGAUCAUCGUACAAAAUUGUCUUCAUGUACAAAAGCAUCUAAAUCAAAUGAAUAUGAAUUUUUCAAUUAUAUUCGCCAGGUCAUACAAAGCAAUAUAAAAGAGGCCAAAAAAAGUAAGCUGAAAUCUUUAGCAAAUCUCAAAUGCCACUCAAAGGAAAAUGGUGUUUACUUUGAUGACGACCCAGCUUAUGCCAAAUUGGAAAAAACUGUGGAAACUUGGAUUUCUGAUGGGAUUCAAAAUGCAAAAAAUCUGUUUAAGCUACAAGGUCAUGUACCAAUUUUAGCAGAUUUAGAAAAACAGAUACAUAGUCCAAAAUUUCGUCCCACUAUUAAACAAGACGACGUUGUCAAUGAAUUACACAAAGAACUGGAAAAUGAAAAAAAGGCUCAGACUGAAUCUUUCAAUAAUAUGAACAAAGAUGUUAUUAACUUUCUUAAUUCCAUAACUAUAAUGAAUGAACGGGAACUGAAUAGAAAUUUGCAUCAUUUGAAGUAUUUAUUAGACAAAGCUUCUCUAUCUGUGAUGACAUAUUUACAUCAAAAAUAUCGUCGGGCAUUACUUUCUGUAAAAGAACCUACCAAAAAUACGCACAAUGAUAAGCCAGAUUCACAAACCGAGGAAGAAAAGUAUUUAAAUGAACUGGAAGAAUUGAUAUUAAAGUCUUCAUUUGGUUUGGAGCAUAUCAUUAGAGAGGUUGCCCAACUUUAUCAGCUUGCUGAUAUUGUAGUGAAUGAUUAUGUUGGUGCUGCAACAAAAAUUCUUCUUUCCGGAGAGCCUUUAGAAUUGCUGGAUGGUGAUUCAGUUUACAUACCAAUGAAAUGGUUUGAUGCUGUUUAUGAAGAAUUAGAAAUGCAAACAAAUAACGCUAGCAUUUUCGUCAUUUCUGUGUUAGGUAUUCAAAGUUCCGGUAAAUCAACAAUGUUAAAUACAAUGUUUGGUUUAGAAUUUCCUGUAAGUGCAGGAAGAUGUACUCGUGGUGCUUUUGUUAGUCUUGUUCCACUUAGUGAUCAACUUAAACAUGAUUCAAAUUUUGAUUAUUUGUUGAUCAUUGAUACUGAAGGUCUAAAAGGAAUGGCUGACCCAAAAGUGAGAGAACACGAUAAUAAAUUGGCAGCUUUUGCUGUUGGUGUGGCUGAUGUCACGAUUGUCAAUAUCUUUGGUGAAAACUAUAAUGAAAUGAAAGAGUUUUUUGGGAUGGCUGCUCAUGCUUUCUUAAAAAUGAAACUUGUGAAAGACAAGAAAUCAUGCAAGAUCGUCCAUCAAAAUGUUGCUGCUAAUGACGCUGCAGAUAAGUUAAUGAUGGAUCGGCAAAAUCUAAAACAAAAUCUAGACCAUAUGGCAAGGCUUGCAGCAAUACAAGAAAAUUGUGAAGAUCAGUUUCAAAAGUUAGAUGACAUCAUUGCAUUUGAUGAAAAUAAAGACGUAUUUUACAUACCAAGUCUAUUGAAAGGAAGUCCUCCCAUGGCUCCGAUAAACCCAAAUUAUGGUAGAAACUUGCAAAAAGUAAAGGAAAAUAUAAUUCAGCUAAUGUCCUCAAAAGAAGUGGUCAAGCUAACUGUUUCUUCAUUCCGUAAACGAGUUAAAGAUCUAUGGCAAGCAAUGCUAAAGGAAAACUUCAUUUUCAGUUUUCGAAAUGUGAUUGAAAUCAGAGUUUACGCAUCGUUAGGCAAAAAACUUUUUAAAGAAUUAGUAAAACUUAUGGUCAAUGGAAUGGCUGAACUUGAAAGAAGUAUUGAAAAAGAUUUGAAAAGAUGCACUACACGAGAAGAGCGAAAGAGAUGUUGGAUGAAAAGUAAAAAACGUAUAUUUACAGAGGCAGAAGAACUCAAGACGAAAAUGGAGAAAGAAAUGCAGACGUUGUUUGAAAGCAAAGGUAAAUCUACCCUUGAACGAUGGAAAAAAGACGUGAUGGAUAAAAUUAAAAGAUACAAAGGAAAUCAGGAAGCGUCUGUUAUAGAAAAUUGUGAGGCAACCUUCCACCAUCUGCAGCAACAACAAGAUGUUGAAGAAAUGAAAAAAUAUUAUGAAAAACAACUUCUGGACAGAGCAAAAAACUUGGUGUCAACUCAAAAAACAAAUGACGAAGAAGAAUGUAAAGCAACAUUUCAAAAAGAAUGGAAACAAUGGAUUGCCGAAGUUCCCCGUUGUGAGGAAGUAAAGCGUGAUGUCAAUGAAUAUAUGGUUUAUGUUCUUCUAACAAAAAAUUCUGAUCGUAAUGCUGACAUGUCAACGAAACUAAAACCAAAAAGAUAUAGAAUUUCUGCUUUUUCUAAUGCUGAUCCUGUAAUUGAUAGAAAUAUGCUUGCAUUUAUUGGAGGGUGGGGUUCGAAAGUGGUCCAAAACAUGUAUCAUUGGUUCAUACACGAUGCUGUGUCAAGGGCAUAUGAUAUCAAAAAUAAAGUUAUCUCUAAAGGAAAGCAGUUUGCAGAGAGAGUUUCCAACAUUGCUGUUAGAUUUACUAAUAAUGAUCUUAUAACAAUGUAUGAUGAAAUCAUUUCUACUAUUGAUAAAGAAACAGAGAAACAAAUCAUGAAGUUUAAAAAACCAUUAGUAUGUGACAUACUGUUAUACACAUUUGCCUGUGCCUUUCCUAUUUUUGAUAAAAUGGAAAAGCGUUAUGUUGAGAUUUGUGUUGAAGAGCGACGGAAUCUUGAAAAAACAUUAAGACCAAGGCUGGAAAAGUAUUUUAUCAACCUUUGCAAAGAGAUGGAAAAAGAAGUUUUGGCUGCCACGUCAUUGGUUGAUGUGCUUCGUGACCCUAUAACGUCAGAACUUAACAAGGGUAUUGUAGCAGCAGUUUAUACUAAGCUUUCGACAAAGAGCAUGUUUCUAAGCAAGGGUCACGUUCAUGCCAGUGUUUUGAUUCAACUUGGAGAAAACCCUAGUUUUGAAUUGUUUGUUCCUUAUUUGAAGAAUCCUAUUCAAUUUUUGGAAAAUAAAUUAAAGGAAUACGUGGAAGACUUUUGCUUGCACAAAGAAUCGAAACUGGUGCGAUCUCUGUUAAAAUAUGAAGGAGAGAUGCUGAAGUCGGAUAUUUUUUCUGCCAUUGAAGACGCAAAUAAGCAAGCUAGAGAUGAAAUGGAACAAGGAAGCAAGACUUGGAAAGUAACGAAUUGGAUUAAAAAGUUUGUGAAACAGUGUUCUUCUCUUGCCAUCACGAAUGAAAUGUUUGGUGUCGCUACAAUGGAUGAAGAUUUAAAAGAAACUGAUUUAUUUGACAAAAAAGUUCGCGAGUUGGUCGAAAACUUUGUACAAGAACUUACUGAUGCUGAACUAGAUAGUGAAAGUAUUAGUAAUUGGCAGUCAGCACCCUACAAAAGACUUUUUAUGUCACUGUUUGGGGAUCAGGCAGUUUGUCCCUUUUGUAAAGCUUUGUGUGAUAAGACUAUGGAGCAUUCACAACAUUCAGACGAUGAUUAAAACACGCGACAAAAAUGCACCGUCCUUUGUGUUUGGCUGGUUAUCGCAGUAUCGACAAUGUGAUUUUGGUUUACGAUAUUUAUACAUUUCUUGUAGCUGGAAAUGAAACAUUUCAAAACAUGGACACAAAUUGGAAACCCCAACCCUAUAAAGAUUAUCAGUUAGUAAACGAAACUUACGCGUCCUGGAAAAUUCCUCCAGAUCCUUUUUUUGAUCAGUCUAAGUAUUGGCAGUGGUUUAUGGUAAAUUUCUCGAAAGAACUUGCAAAUUAUUAUAAUAUGAAGAACCAGAAAUCCCUUCGCGUUGGAAAAAUUUGACCUUGAAAGAGGGUAUAGAACAUCUGAGGGAGAUCCUCAAUUUUUAAAAUAUGCGUUGAAAGACAUUGUAUUAAGGUUAAUUUGAAUUAUGCAGUUUUGUAUAUUGUGUGAAUGUUUAGUGAACAUUCAACACCUCUCUAUUCACCUUUUUAGCUCAUUGUUCUCGUGAUUUAGCUAAGUACGCUAUUAAACGCUGUGUCAAAUAAUUUUUAGUUGCUAAAUAAAUAUGUAAUCUUAGAGAUGUAAAGACAAUUAAACUUAUGUAUAUUAAUACAAUCAAUUAAUAUAUUAAUACUUCAAUUGAAUUUUAUAAAUGACAUCCAUAAAAAUCGUAAAUACAUCCUCACUUAGCAAAUAUAAA